GACAGGUCGGCCGUUUAGAAAGCGCAGGGACGCACAUCCCGCUAGUCGCGCUGUCAGUCGCAGUGCGGGGGUUGGCUAUACUGGUCCGCUCCUCCGCUAGCUUUAGCUUUAGCUUUGUUGUAUCACCUCGCCGCCAUGCCUAAACAACGACAGUCUUCGGAAAAUUGAUAACUUUUUAGGCCUGGUUCUUGUGACAGUCGGUCUUCCUUCCCAGGCGCAAUAUGAACACAGACGUAAACCGCCGGAUCCUCGCCAUCAAAGCCAAGAAGAAGCGCCAUAAAAAUGUGAAACGCAAGGGUAAACCGGAGGAGCAGGAGCCCAAGGACCUGAAACCCAACCCCAAUAGGUACGAUAAUGCUAGCAACUCAUCAUCGAAUGAAACUAACGAAGAUGAAGAGGAUGAAUACCUGUCGGUGGAGGAAGAGCAGGAAGACUCGUCCGACUACUGCAAAGGAGGCUACCACCCAGUGAAAAUUGGGGACUUUUUCUGCAAUAGGUACCAUGUCACUAGAAAGUUAGGUUGGGGGCACUUCUCUACUGUGUGGCUCUGUUGGGACAUGCAAGAAAAGAGAUUCGUGGCCCUGAAGCUGGUGAAAAGUGCAGCGCAUUUUACAGAAACAGCACUUGAUGAAAUCAAGCUUCUCAAGGCAGUCCGUGACUCGGACGUCAACGACCCGAAACGAAACAAGCUUGUCCAGCUUCUCAAUGACUUCAAGAUCAGUGGAGUGAAUGGCACUCAUGUUUGCAUGGUGUUUGAAGUGCUUGGACACAACCUGCUGAAGCUCAUUAUCAAGAGCAAUUAUCGAGGUAUCCCGAAGCAGAAUGUGAAGUGUAUAAUUCGCCAAGUUUUAGAAGGUCUUGACUAUUUGCACACAAAGUGCAAUAUUAUCCACACAGACAUUAAACCUGAAAAUGUUUUGAUUUGUGUUGAUGAGGCAUACAUUCGGAAGCUGGCAUCUGAAGCAACAGUUAUGCACUCGAUGGGAAUGAAACUACCAACAUCUCUAAUCAGCACUGCUCCUAAAGAGUUCCAGGGCCAGGUUCUUAAUGCAAAAAUGUCCAAGAAUAAAAAGAAAAAGCUGAAGAAGAAAGCUAAAAAGCAAACUGCACUUUUACAACUGCAAAUGCAACAAAUUGAAGAGACAGAAAAGACUAAAGAACUGACAAAAACUGGUUCAGAUGAAACAACUACUCCCAGUGAAUCAACACCUAGUGAUACAACUGUCUCCAUUGAGAAAAAGGAAGAAAACGAUGCUUCUAGAAAGAUAAUCAAUGGCUGUACCAAGAGUGAAGAGACUGAAGAAACAGUGGCAAGAAGUAUGGGUGCGGGUGAAGGUGAGAUGGAUAUUGAAGUGGCAGUAGAUGAAGUAGCUAAUCAAACACAAGAAAUGUCUGUUUCGGGUGCAUCAACCCCUAAUGAAGCUUUACUUGGAGAAGGAGAGGGUGAUAUGUGUGAGCCAAUGUGUACAAGUCCUGUACCCUGUCAACCAGUUGAAACUGAAGUUAAAAAAGAAAUAAAAGAGGAGCCAGAGUCCGUCAAAACGGCACCUGAUGAAGAGUUGCCUCCCGAGGAAGCGGUGGAUGAAGCUGUUGAUUAUGAAAACUGGGAUGCCACCAAGGGUGAACCAGCUGAUUCCAAAAAGAAAGGAUCUUGGAAAGGCAAAGAUGAGCCAGACCCAUCCAAAGAUAUUUGUGAAUUGCAUGUUAAAAUCGCAGAUUUGGGAAAUGCAUGUUGGGUCCACAAGCACUUUACAGAGGACAUUCAAACUAGGCAGUAUCGUUCAUUGGAGGUACUAUUAGGUGCAGGUUAUUCAACAUCUGCAGAUAUUUGGAGUGUUGCUUGUAUGGCAUUUGAAUUGGCAACCGGAGACUACCUCUUUGAACCUCACUCAGGAGAGGAUUACUCAAGGGACGAAGACCAUCUUGCUCAUAUCAUUGAGCUUCUGGGUGAGAUCCCGAAGAGAAUAAUCCAAUCUGGAAAGAACUUCCGCCAAUUCUUCAAAAAAACAGGGGAACUGAAACGUAUUACAGGGUUGAAGCCAUGGGGUUUGUAUGAAGUGCUGACUGAAAAGUACAACUGGUCCCAUGAAGAUGCAGAUGAGUUUGAGGACUUUCUCAGACCAAUGCUAGAAUUUGAUCCUGUUAAAAGAGCUACAGCAGCACAGUGCCUUGAACACCCCUGGCUUAAAUAUUGAGGUCUGUUCCAUCCCUAGCAAGAAUGAAUUGGAGCUUCUGUCAGUUUUACAUUGACUCAACUUGUAAUCAAUGUCAUUCUGACAUUAGUCUGUUGGCUUGGGUUUAUGAGUUGAUAGAUUUAUAGGCGUGAGCUAUUUGUGUAUUGCUUUGCAUCUGUUUCCUGUUGUAGGUUUCUGACAUUUAUACACUUGUCGUUUCUGAAACCCUUUCCCAUUGGUAUUUUUGAAAUUUUUGAUGCUCUUGGCUUUUACUUUUUUUCAUAACUUUCCUUUUCUUAAAUAUUUUCUAACUUUGCUGACUGGAGUAAUCCUAUAGCUGCAAAACCUAUUACAAAAAUUUCUGUGUCUCUUAAAUUUGGUGUGGAAUGCAACUGUUACUCUCAUUUGGUGUGGUUUCCUUCAGCAAAGCUUUGCAGUCCUAUAUUACCAAAAUUUCUUGUCUGUAAAGUAUACAUUGAACUAAAGUUUAAGAAGGGUAAGUUUCGGGACUGACCUGAAAUUCAACGUGUACUCAGUGAUCUUCCAAUUAAAUAUGUCUGCAUUUAGCUUUCACAACACUUAGUUUUGAUAUCGCAUCUAUUAGCUUACACCUUAAUUUAAAGGAUACAUGCAAAAUACCUCAACAAAUUUUUAAAUGCCGUCUGUACAUAAGGAAGUAAAGACAUGUAGGAGACACCAAUUGAUUUAAAUUUAAAUUAUUGUAUGACCCACUUCCAUAAAAACAAAACAAUAAUGUAUAUGUGAUGUCCAAAAAUCAGAAAUCAAAUUAGUUAAAAGUAAGAUUAAUUUAAAUUGUCUUUGGCCGUGUAUAGCUUUAGAUUAGCUAGUUGUGUCCUGCCGUUGUGAAUAGAUUAUUUAUACCAUUCAUGUAAAUUAACGCUCUAGACCAGAACCCAAUGUUUGGAAAAUUUAGCACUGAAAUUUGAUACUAUAUUUGCAUUUUAAAGUUUAUGCAUGGUUGUUAUUGAUGCUGUAUAUGUACUCUUGUUAAGUUGGAAACCUACAUGUACUGAGUUCAAUAAUGAAUGAGUGAUAGAGGAUAUAUUUAUUAGUCAUUUUUGGAAGGUCCAUCUAAGCAACAGUAUCUGUUUAUGCAAAACUGCUGAUGUUGUAUCAUUUAGCAUCAGAAGAUUUGUUGUAUACCUUCAUGGCUACUUAUGUAAAAAUUCUUAUUUUAGGGACACCUUGGAUUAGUCAGUACAAAUUUUGAAAAGAAAUUUUUCACUGAUAAUAUGCUGCAAAGUUGAAAACAUCAGUGCCCUUGGUCUGUUUUUGUGACUAUUUUUGCCAGUUUAGGAAAUGAGUAGAAAACCAUUGUGAUAUGGCUUAUGUGCUGGAAGCCCUUACAACAUCUUGAGUGCAUAGCUUCGUCUUUUUGUUGUGUUUUUAGUACUAAAUGGAUCCUUAUUUUUAAUUGUGUUUUUUAGGAUGUUUUAUAUGUGUACGUGCUGAAAAUUGGCACAAAAGCUUCAUCCAUAUUUGGCAUUCAUUGUAAGUGUUUGUCUACAAGGUUAUCUUCUGGCUGAACGUAUUCAGAUUGUUUCUCAAUCCCAAAAUCUAAUUUAAAUUAAAGUUUAACAUGUGUAGGGGAAGGGAAGAAAGUGGGCACUUACUUAUAAUACGCAAGGAAGGGCUGUGUGAGUUAUGACCUGUAGCAGCUUUCAAUUUACGCUUGUACUCAUCUGUUCAUUUGUAGAAGGGUUCAAUUCCAUCAAACUCCUUUUUUAAAUAAAAAAAGAAAUAAAAGAUAUGAGAGGUACUGACAAAAA